AUGUUCCGGUUCGUAGGCGUGACGGGGCUGGUCAUACGCGGUAGUGGCAGCCUCGACGGCAACGGCGAGGGGUACUGGGAUACCGAGGCGCACGACCGGCCGCACCUGCUGUCGCUGAUCCAGUGCCGCGAGGUCAUUCUCGAUGGCGUGGCUCUGCGCAAUCCCCCCAUGUACCAUGUCUUCUCCUACGGAAUUGACUGGCUGUGGGUGAGGAGAUUUACUACCAACGCGCCUGACGAGUCGCCCAACACGGACAGCCUUAAACUCCUGGGCGUGCGCCACGCGCUCAUCGAGAAUUGCACCUUCCACGGAGGCGAUGAUGACGUGUCACUGGUGGCACGUGGCAGCCAAGCAGUGGCCAACGUGACGGUCCGAAAUCUGAUCGCCACGUCAGGGCACGGGAUCAGCAUCGGGAGUUUGGGAGCUGGGGGCGCAGUCGCGUGUGUGUCAGAUGUGAGCUUUAAGGAUCUGAUUUUAUCGGAUCUGUCGAAUGGGUUGAGGAUCAAGACGUGGCAGGGCGGCUUGGGAGUGGUGCGGAAUGUACAGUACGAGAAUGUGUACAUGACAAACAUAGAGCGGGCCAUUACGCUUGACCAGUUCUACUGUGACGACAAUCAGGACUUCCCCUGCGAGCCAUCGCCCCACAACGUGGCACUCGUAAACAUCUCGUACACCGAUGUGUUCGGCACCGCCUCCAAGUAA